UCUGAAAACAAAUAUGUCGCCCCUCCUCCUCGGUCACGGUUCGUCGACCUUGCUGAAAGUUGUUUCCUGUUACAUCUCUCUCGCCCGUCUUACUUGCCGUCCUUGGAUAAAGCUCUCAACAGCGACCAUUGCGACCUUGACACCCCACGCAUUACUGUCCCUUGGCAACCAAGAACCUUGUUGACCACCCCCCCCCUUCCGUCUUCGGAAGCUUAUCAAACCUCAACAUCACACACCUUAUUGGCAGACACCCUUCACUUCCUGCCAGUCGUCAUAACGGUCACCACGGCAAACAACAUCGGCUCAGUCCUGCUACUUAGUUUUCCACCUUUCUCAAAACACGACAUCGUCCCCUUCGCCCACAAGGGAAUCUAUCACACAUCAAUCACCGUCCACGCCGAACCAUCAUGUCGCAAACAAUGGAAAAGAUCACCGUCGUCGAGGCUGCCCCAAUGCCGGCUAGCCAUAUCAAACCCACCAGCUUCUUCACCGCGCGUUCCCGAGCCUGCUGCAGAUGCAACGAGGAAGGCUCCUCUCACGACCAGCAGUGCAUCAAGGCCGAAUGCACACAUGGUUACUGCACCGACUGCCCCCAGCUGGACUCGCGCGGCAGGGAGGUAAUUCCUCACUCGUUCCCUUGCAACUGGGUCUGCAACACGUGCUCCGAGGUCCACAGCGUUCUCUCCAUCCUCGUCAAGAACGUCGAAUGCAAGUGCGAAAAGCCGACACUACAGGCUAUUUACGACCAGUUUGGCCGCAUCUUCCUCUACUUCCGCAACGACCCCGCUGUAGACGACUUGACCGAUCCGGCUAAAGUACAGGAGGCGGCCUGGAGGGUCUGGGAGGCGGGUGCCGAGCCGUGGUUGCCGCAUGUCAUUGCUGCUGAGGAGGCGAUUGCGAGGGCGAGUUCCAAGAAGGGUUGGAGUCAGUUAUCUCAAGCUAGUUUCUCGAGUGAGGACCCCCUCGACAUGGACAUGUCCGAGGCGACGGAGUCGGUCGUUAGCGACUCGUAUUAAGUUCGGGAGCAAUCACAUUCAACUGCUCUCGGCCGGAUCGUCAACUGGCUUCCACAGCGUCACCUUCUUUUGAUGGCGACGUCAUUGCUCGACGUCUUGGUCAUUAUCUCGGCACAACGAACUUUCGACCUCACAUUUCUAUCAGCACUAUCACGACUUCCGCUUUCAGUAUUAUCUGACCUGCCUUCCGAUGUCCCAAUUGAGGACGAUCAUCAUCAUUUCGUCUAAAACUUCCGGGGAGGAGCGUUGCAUGGAAAAGCGGGGUUUAGGCGUUUGGAAGUUCUUUCUUUUUUGACAGGGUCAUUUGCUUUUCAUCUACAUAAGCAGCGAGUGGCGUUAGGAUUAGCAGGAUGGACGUUUACACACACUGGGCCAGGCUUUUGACCAAUGCUUUCCAUAUCCAUUUACAAAACUGAUACCCUGCCCUGCCUUCAGCAUACUAGGGGACAAAAGAAUUGAACUAUAUUACUACAAUCCAGGCUAUACUUCUAAAC